AUGGCUGCGAGCUGCUGGUUCUUCUGGGCGCUGAUUCUCGCUGCCGCCGAGGAAGAAGUGGAAGGCUGCUCGGGCUCAGCCAGUAGGUGCGGCGGCGUCAACAUCUCCGACCCCUUCUGGCUCACCGACAUGGCGACGGGGAUCUCAUGCGGCUCCCCCUCCCCUCACUUUGAGGUCGCCUGCUUCAACAACACUCCGGUUCUCCGGAGCUCCGCCGCCUUCGGCUACGGCUUUGCGAUCAUCAACAUCUCCUACGGGGACGAAACUAUGCGCGUCGCUGACCGAGGCAAGAUGGAGCUGUUGCGCACUUCCAACAGCUGCCAAUUGCCCAUCUGGAACACCUCCAUCAAAGUGGGGCGGCCGUUCAGCAUCGCUGCCGCCAACCUCAACCUCGUCCUGUACAGGUGCACGGAGAAGGCCACCGCGACCGCGGCACGCCGGGACAGAGCAGCGCUGCUGGUGCAGACGAGGAUGAGGUGCGGGAACGAGAGCAUGGUGUUUGCGCGCGCGGGAGGCCGUUAUUACGACGAGACGGGCGCGGGCGGCUACCCUGUAGAGGGUUGCGACGCCGCCGCCGUGCCGGUGGCGGGCUCGUCGCCGGCCCAGGUGAACGCGAGCGACUACGAGCGGCUCAUCAACGAUGGCUUCAUCUUGGCGUGGGAGCGCCCCUCUACACGUAAGUUGACCCGUCAAAUCAAAUCAUCUUUUGAUCAAGGUUAG